AUGGCGAAAGCCAGGAAGGACUUGCGAUGGCUGGACUUGCGUCCCAGUGUUGGCUUGUGCGAUGCCAUCCAGUCGAAUCUUGGCCUUGAUCCCGACAUGUUGCGGAAAGCUUCCGCAAUGUGUGACUGCAUUCCCAGAGUGCUAGAACUCGUAAAAAAUGGUGCUUUUUCACGCGUUGCGGCAGAUUCCGAUGUCUCUACUCUUACAUCGGGUCUUUUGGGUAUUUACUCACAACUUCAAAAGUGCUUUCUAGAUAACGCUUUUGCCAUACAAGACGAUAGGAACAAGCUCCUUACCACUGGGGAUCUAUCGACUCCAAAGGGUACAAUUGUUGUUAGGGCUGCCGAGUUCGCUGGCUCGAUUGCAACUUGUGUUACUGGGGCUUGCGACGUGAAUGGCAUCAAAGAGUUUUUCCUCGAUUACUUGCGGCAGUCCCAGCAAAGUAUCGCAGACCAGUUAAAAAGUAUAUUUCAACCUUGGACCACGAACAUAACUGGUAUGCAUCAACAGCUGGAAAGUCUAGGGUCGUCUCUGGAUGCCGUCAGUCACACAAGCCAAGAGAUUCAGAGUCAAAUUAAAAUACUCGGAGUUCCAUCUUGUAAGAAUCCAGAUGUAUGUGCCAAAGACGCACUGAAGACAUUCAACGAGAAUGUCUCGAAAAAUCUCCAGUUACAGCUUGCUAUCGACAAAGACAAAGAUGCAAUACCGCGGGUUUUUUCGGUAAUAUCACGGAUGGUAGACCUUAUCAAGGGUGUUGAAGAUGCUGCGUCCACGACACCCAAUAUUGAAGGACUUGUGAAACUUAUAACCGAUCAAAGGAUUAAGAAGCUUUCAGAUAUCGUCGAAAUACUCCAAGUCACAAAAGACCUUCCAAAUCUUGUCAAAGAUCUGCAUGACCAAUUGCCUACUGUUGGGCAGUUUGUACUGGCCCUCAACCAAAUGGCCCAGGCAAGCAGCGACAGUAUCGCCAGUAUUUUGUCGGAUUCCUGGAAACAGCAGGCGGAUGUCAUGAGCGAUGAGACCCGCCAAAACAUAAUUUCAAUACAGUCUAAGUUCCGAGAUCAGAUAUCACCGACUAUUGCAGAUAUAAAAACGAAGAUCUCGGCCAUUCAAGAUUUUGUAUCAGCCUUACCAUUCAAUGGUGGAGCGCCGAGCAGCAAGGUCAAAGUAGCGAGCUAUGGACGGUGGAGCCCGGUUGCGAUGAACAUGCCAUGUUCCAGGUGGGCAACCCAACAGUACGAAGCUUCGGGUUUCAAAGGAUCAUUUGGCUAUCCCCAGUUCUACAACUGUCUCUACCAAGAGACAAUCGAGUGGCCAAAUCAUCAUAUACCGUAUAUCAAGGUACAAUUUGUUUGA